AUGGCUCCCGUGUCCACGUCGCCGCCGGCCGGUGAUGACGGCGGUAAGCUAGUGGUGGCGGCGGUGGCGGGGCCGGUCGGGGUGACGACGCCGGCGCCGACCAAGGCGCGCCCCCCGCGGAGCUCCUCGCGACCCAGGAACCUCCGCUCUCAGCAGGCAGAGGCCCCCGCGGGCGCGGGCGGAGAAGAAGAACGCCGCCUGGAAGUGGACAGAAACAUGGCGAGGCGGGCGCUGCUGAACUCGGCGGUGCGCCGGGGGGGUUCGGGCGGUGGCAGCGACGGAGGCUAUUCGUCCGGAGGUGGAGCGGGGGGCUGGGUCAGGGCUGAUGGUGGUCACGGCAGCAGCAGUGGGGGCAGCGGCGGCGGCGGCGGCGGCGGCGGGAGGUCGGCGGCGAGGCGCGGCAGCUCGGCCAGCGAAGGGGCGGCGGCGGCGGCGGCGGCGGAGGGCUUGUCGCCCGGCGGAGAGGAAGGCAGCGCCGACCGGCUUCACGGGAAAGGGUUCUUCUCUGCUUCACCGAGAGAGGGAGAGAGUGGAGAUAGCGGCGGCGGCGGCGGCGGCGGCGGCGUGGUGAGAACGGUCUUCCCGAAGCCCGGAGGCGGCAGCGGCGGCGGCAGCGGCAGCGGCAGCGAGAUGCUCUCCCCCCUUCGUUCGCCCAUGCCCCGCCGCCAGGCGAGCGGGGGUCCGUCGACGGCGGCGGCGGCGGCGGCGAACGUUGAGAGUGGUCGCCGGCUCGCCCCUGCGGUCGCGACGGAAGAGGCCUACAACCCCGCGUACAGCAGCGUGUGGGCUUCCUGGAUCGGGCUGGGUCCAUCGGCGCCGGAAGCAAGGGGAGGGGCGACAAACGGCGCGACAAACGGCGCGACAAACGGCGCGACCAACGGCGCCUCGGCGAGCAGCAACGGCGUUCCGAGGGCAACGAACGGGGCGGGGGGGUCCAGGGAACCCGCGCAGCAGGCGGAAGGUGCUGCCAGGAAUGGUUCGAGGGCCGCGUCGCCGCUGGGACAGAUGAUGAUGAACAAGAGAUGGCGAGAGCGCAUCCGACGCCUGCCUGCGUUGGGCAUUUUCGAGGAACAAAUAAGCAAGCUGUCCAUGUCUCGGUCAUCGUUUGGCGAUUCUGAUGUUGUCGAACGCAGGCCUCGCAUGCGCCCGUGCGUGCUGCGACAUCAAACCCACACACACCACACCCACUCACAGUCAGUCCGCUCACGCUUAUCUUGGCGGCGAGGCGGUAUUUUCGUAUUGUACCGCUUUUAUAUUCUUGCCCUUCCACGUAUCACUAGCAUGUAAGUAGAUUGCUCUGCACCAACAUCAUAUUUGUUGUUGGGGGGAAAAGCCUCCGUACUGCUAGGUCAAGACACCUGGACGAGAUGGAUUUUUGUAGCAUGUGCCAUACGUGUGUGUGUUUGCAGCGGCUGGAUUUGUUGUUUCUACCCCUUGCCGUCCUUCGUCCACGCGUGUUCGUAUUGCAAACCGAAAAACAGUAGUAGUGAGUGGUCAUGACGAAGCUCCUUUUUUCUAGCCCCGGCUUGUACGAGGAGAUUGUAAGUCCAAUGUAGCAGCGGGUAGCAAGUGAUCUCGAUUUGUUUGUUGUGUUCCCACCGUGUGGUUUCCUUUGAUAUGGUCAGAUGGGUAGUCCAGAGAGAAGCUUAUGUCGUGUACAAAUAGCCGAGUCGCGAUGCAAAUGUUGGAAGGGCGGGCGGGAUACAUGCCGCCCCGUCGGUGGUGGGUGGGGUGUGAUGCUUGGGAACAGCUUAUCGCUGGUCUACGC